CCAUCAAUUCGGACACGGGACCAAAACAGUGCGGUAGUGUCACGCUUUUGGGGUUUCAUGUGUUUCCACCUAAUUUCCUAUUUUCUCUUCAAUUAUUCGUCAUGACAGACUACAAGGAAGAACAGACUAACGAAAUUGAGGCCCUGGAGUCCAUAUAUCCAGAGGAAUUUGAAAUAAUCGAUAUAGAACCAAGGCACAAGUUCAGAAUUACCGUCAAAUCUGAAGGCUCUGAUCCAUAUGAUGAGAUUCAGACGUUACCAGCAACUAUUAUCCUCAAUUUUGAAUACACUCCAACGUAUCCAGAUGAACCCCCUGUCAUGGAAGUCACAGCUGUUGAAAACAUAGAAGAGGAGGAGUUGGAUGAUUUAAGAACGAAACUUAAUGAGCAGUGUGAGGAGAACCUGGGGAUGGUCAUGGUGUUCACACUUGUCUCAUACUCAUUGGAGUGGCUCACCACACACAUGGAAGGCAUUGCUCUCAGCACCAAAGAAGAAUUGGACCGCAAGAAGAAAGAGCAGGAAGAGAUAGAUCGGAAAAAGUUUGAAGGUACCAGAGUGACUGUUGAAACGUUUCUUGCUUGGAAAGCGAAGUUUGAUACGGAGAUGCAAGCACUCCGAUGUGAGAAAGACAGGGAUGAUGAGAAGAACAAGAAGCCAACUGGUAAAGAGCUCUUCAUGAAGGAUGUCACUUUGAACGAGUCGGAUCUUAGCUUCCUUGGUGAAGGAGAAGGUGAGGUGACUGUCGAUGAGAGUUUAUUCCAAGACCUGGAUGACUUAGACCUCGAGGAUGAAGAUGACGAGGAUUAUGUUCCAGGAGCGGAUGAUGACAUAUCUGAUUAGAAACUUUAAAUAAAUAUCAUUUCAUUA